UCCGUGAAGUUUGAAGAUAGUUUGAGAGUUUUUUUCCAACAUUGAAACUUGCAUUUUCACGAUUUUUAGCCGUCCAUUCUGUUACGCGUCGGAUAUGUGGUGGAUGCUGUUUCCCCGAUGGAUUUGGUUUAUGCUGGGACACUUUUAUGCUUUACUCCUUUUUAUGGACAGCUGCCGCGUGAGAGCAAUGCCAAUGCCCAUGUCUGUGUCAAAGUGGUGUACUCUCACGCAGGUCUGUGCCCGAAUGACCUGAACCCCAACCUGUGGGUGGAUGCGAUGAGCACCUGCAUGCGCGAGUGCGAAUUUGACCAGGACUGUGAGACAUUUGAGAAGUGCUGCCCUAAUGUAUGUGGUAACAAAAGCUGUGUGGCAUCACGCUAUAUAGACGUCAAGGGGAACAAGGGCCCCAUAGGAAUGCCAGAGGGCGCCACCUGCGACAAGUUCAUGUCUCAGCAAGGGUCCGAGUGCGACAUCUGGGAUAGCCAGCCUGUGUGUAAGUGCCGGGACCGCUGCUGUGAGAGAGAACCCCACUUCACAUGCGCCUCUGACGGCAUGACGUACUAUAACAAGUGCUACAUGGAUGCAGAGGCCUGUUCCAAGGGUAUCUCUAUCUCUGAGGUCACCUGCAGAUACCAUCUGACAUGGCCAAACACCAGUCCAAUCCCAGCAGAGACCACCUUACAUCCAACCACUGCCCUCCAGACCACCCUCCCAGCUGACAUCCAGCUCCCCACCAUACACAGCGGCCCCACCCAACAGGCUGUUUUUGUGGGUGAGACAGCCAGCUUCCUGUGUGAGGUCUCUGGGAAGCCACAUCCAAAAAUCACCUGGGAGAAAACACUGAAGGGCAAAGAGAACACCGUGAUGAAACCCAACCAUGUCCGAGGGAACGUGGUGGUCACUAACAUUGGCCAGCUGGUCAUAUACAACGCGAAACUUCAGGAUGCCGGGAUCUAUACAUGUACAGCCAAAAACGUUGGGGGAGUGUGUCUACACUUUCCUUUGGUAGUGAUCAGGAAGGAGGCAAAAGGCAAGAAGGCAGAAGGGAAUAUUACAAACCUGCCAUUUCCAGCUGAAGAGUGUCUUAAGAGACCCGACACAGACGACUGUGGAGAAGAGAGCAUGAGCUGGUACUACGAACCAAAGAGGAACAAUUGCUUCACCUUCACCUACAGUCAGUGCAAUAAAAACCGUAACCAUUUCGACACCUACGACGCGUGCAUGCUGUCAUGUGGAGGAGAGCUUUCAGCCCCCUGCAGCUUACCGAGCCUUCAAGGGCCGUGCAAGGCCUACGAGCCUCGCUGGGCUUACAGCAGUGGGCUCAAAAAGUGCCAGUCCUUUGUGUACGGAGGCUGCGGUGGCAACGAGAACAACUUUGAGUCUAAAGAAGCCUGCGAAGAGAUGUGUCCCUUUCCGAAGAACCACAACUGCAAGAUAUGUAAACCCCGAGCAAAGAUGGUCACCAGCUUCUGCAAGGCUGACUUUGUGAUCCUGGGGCGUGUGACCGAGCUGAUGGAGGAGCAAGAGUCAGGACACGCUUUGGUGACAGUGGUGGAGAUCUUGAAAGAUGAGAAGAUGGGUCUGAGGUUCUUUGGCAAAGAGCCGCUGGAGGUGACUCUACUGAACAUGGACUGGAACUGCCCCUGCCCCAAUAUCACUACAGCCGACGGGCAGCUCCUCAUCAUGGGGGAUGUUCAGAACGGGAUGGCCGUCCUGCAGCCCGACAGCUUUGUAGGCUCUUCCAGCACUCGUAGAAUCAGGAAGCUUCGUGAGGUUAUCCACAAGAAAACCUGUGAUUUUAUUAAAGAUUUCUCUGCUGUCCAGUAG